AUCUUGGAGAUGGGAGACGGGCGAUGGCUGUGGUCCUUCUGCUAAUGCAAACAACAAAACGGGCACAGUAGUCGCCCCAGAGUGAGGUUUUCAUCAUUGUUAACUAUUGACCAAAACUACAGAAGAAGCGAGAGUGUCAAAACCGAGCUCAGCGACACUGUGAGCCCUUUCACUUUUCUUCUGGGUCGGCUUAAGUGAAGUGACUGAGGACCGGAAGGAUGGUGCAGUCCUGCUCCGCCUACGGCUGCAAGAACCGAUAUGAUAAGGAUAAACCUGUUUCUUUCCACAAGUUUCCUCUUACUCGACCCAGUCUUUGUGAAAAAUGGGAGGCAGCUGUCAGAAGAAAAAACUUUAAGCCCACCAAGUACAGCAGUAUUUGUUCAGAACAUUUUACUCCAGACUGCUUUAAGAGGGAGUGCAACAACAAGUUACUGAAAGAGAAUGCUGUACCCACAAUAUUUCUUUGUACUGAGCCACAUGACAAGAAGGAAGAUCUUCUGGAGCCACAAGAACACCUUCCCCCACCUCCUUUAACACCUCCCAUUUCCCAGGUCGAUGCUGCUAUUGGGUUACUAAUGCCUCCACUUCAAACCCCCGAUAAUCUCUCAGUUUUCUGUGACCACAACUAUACUGUGGAGGAUACAAUGCACCAGAGGAAAAGGAUUCAUCAGCUAGAACAACAAGUUGAAAAGCUCAGGAAGAAGCUCAAGACUGCCCAGCAGCGAUGCAGAAGACAAGAACGACAGCUUGAAAAACUAAAGGAGGUUGUACACUUCCAGAAAGAGAAAGAUGAUGUAUCAGAAAGAGGCUAUGUGAUUCUACCAAAUGACUUCUUUGAAAUAGUUGAAGUACCAGCAUAAAAAAAAAAAAAAUGAAACGUGUAUUGAUUUUUAAUGGGGCAAGACCACACAUCCUCUUUUAGCUUAUAUAGGAGUUUCAUUUGGGGAAAAAAGCACUUGAUUACUUGUAUAAAAACAAUUCAGAAUAUUUUUUUAAAAAAUAAAUUAGAUAUAUACUGUAAAAUUGUAAAUUUUUGUUUGUAAUUUCAGAGUUUUUACAUUAAAAAAAUAUUUUAAAAGUUAUUUAAAAAAGCCUUAGACUGCCAUUGUAAUAAGUUGGUUUCAAGAUUGGAGAUUUUGUUUGAAUAUUUAUAGAAAUAAUGUAAAAAUAAAAAGCACAGAGAGUGAGAACAGUGAAGUAAAGAUAAGAUGUAAGUUUCAAUUUUAAAAAUUAAUGCUCUUUAUUGAAAAAACUUAAUUAUAUUUUAAAUCAGAAGUAUGGAUUAGAUCGUAGGGUAUAACCUGUCUGUGUAUUCGAACAUUCACAUCCGUAAAAGCAGAAGGUUCAUUUAUCUUUCUGAAUCACUUGUCAAAGAUAAAUUGGCAAAUCAAUUGAAAAAGAUUUGACUGUCUUCAGAACAGAAAAUAAAGAAUCAUUCUGUAUGUAAUCAAUAAAUAUAAAGGUGAGUUUUUAAAAAAUGAACCCUUUCAUUUUUCCCCAGCAUUAUAAAAUCGAAUAUAUUCUCAGGUAGAGAAACUCCCCCAUUUUUUUUUCUUUUUUUUUAAUUUUGAGACAGAGUCUUACUACAUUGCUUAGGGCCUUGCUACACUGCUGAGCCUGACUUUGAACUUGCAAUCCUCCUGCCUCAGCCUACAGAGCUGCUGGGAUUGCAUACAUGGGCUGCAGUGCCCAAUUUUGGAAGAAACAUUCUUUAACAACAAAGUAAGGCAUUUGUUACCAUUGAAGUAAAAAUUGGGACCUGACCCUUGAUGAAAGGAUACCCAAUUCCCUAACCGUAAUUAUAUCUUCAUCCAAAUGUCUUACCAAAUAUGUUCUGUUGAUAGUUUGAUUUGUAUAAUGACAUGGUACUCUUGUGUUUAACUAAUUGAUUUUGGUCCAGACUUCACAUAAAAAAUUAGUUUUUCACUUGUAACAUGUUAGAAAUUAUAUCCCACCUACUUAAAUGAGUGAUUUAUGUUCAAAAGCAACCUAAUACGUAAUGUUUAUUGUACUAAAUGUUGAGACUUACUGCAGUUUCUGUUCAAACUGUGAGUUGUAGUCUAAUUUUGUGAGAAAUUUUACAUAUAUUUGAAAUGAAAACAUGUUCUGAGUACAAAAUAUUGCUAUAGAAAUUAUUUAGAUUUAGAAUAAUUAUUCCAACUAAAAUUAUCACUUUUAUACUUAAAGGUACAUUGAGAUAGUUGAAGAGUAACAGAGUUUUUUUUAAAGACAAUAGUAAGAGAUAAAACAAGGAUGUUAAAAAGUGUUUUUUAUAGAACUGAUUUUUAUUGUUAUUCACUGCCAUGCUACCUAUAGGUAGCAGUUUGAUUCAUGGAGAUUUGAUUCUUUGUGAACCAAUAUCUCAAAAAUAGAAAAUAAUCUUUAGAUUACUUACAUAGUCUGAUAACAAUAUUUAGGACUACAAUGAAUGAGAGCACGUUCAUUGGUUUCUGGUGGAACGCAACCGUUUUUUAGAAGCUUCAAAGUCUUCAAAUAGUUUGUUUUCAUAUUUCAUCUCUAGCAAUUCCUGGAAAACUGGGUAGAUAUUUUUUCAAAGUGUGUAUCUUUAACCUAAAUUGUCUUCUACAUAAAAGACUGUGUGUGUGUGUGUGUGUGUGUGUGUGUGUGUGUGUGUGUGUUUGU